AUGGAACAUCCCACGCGACCAAUUGAAGAGGGGAUGCCGUGCUUUAUUAGGUAUAUGCCCGCCUCAUUCGCACAGAUGCCUGUUGAGAGAGCCUCCUUGGCUUCAAAGUCAUGGGACUCUGAAGUUAAGGAGUUGGGGCUAGAAGCAAUCCAGGCUAGUGACUUACGGAAGUUGCUAGUGAGUUCCAAGAAACAAAAACGUGAGGUAGAGGAAGGGAGGACCCAAAACCGGAUUAAAUAUCGUUGCAGGAAUCGAUCUCGAUGUGACGAGACCUUCACUUCCAGGCCCAAAACCCCGUUUUCAUUUAUUUCCUGCCUUGGCGCGCGGGCAUAUGCCCCCACCACUCCUCAGCCACAGGCAGCUUAUGUUGACCCAACAAGAUCUCCAGGAAAUAAGCCUAUGUUGUAA